AUGGGCUGUAUUGCGUCAUCUGCAGCCCCUUCUAAAUAUAUGGCGCAGAGGCAGCAGAGGCAGCAGAUGGAGUUCUAUGACGAGGAGAACCCACCGCCCCCACCACCCCCUAUGCCUCUAGAAGAAAUUAUUAAAAUGGACGUUAUGAAAAUACUCCAAGGUUUAAAUCAGAUUCGAGCUCCUCAAGACAUGUCACCAAUCGUUUGCCUAAACGAAUAUGCAUUCCCUUUAUACUUAGGCUCGUUUGUUUUCGAUGAAGAUAACAAUGGCCACGUAGAUAUGCCUGUAGUUGCAUUCAGCCACAACAAUCGUACUAAAUUCAUAUACUUCGGAGCCAUCGGCUUCUUGCAGCACUCCAUGAUUCAGAAUACUGAAACAGCCGCUUUUUUGGAAAAUUCGAUUACUUGGGCUUCUGAUUAUAAAGUCUCGACUAUCAGGGUAUACCUUUACGCUAUGCCUAAGAAUAUCGUUGCUACACUGGUUUCUGAUAUCCAAAGCUACGGAUAUAACGUAGAAGCAGGAAAUGAAUUACCAAAAUCUACAUUUGACGUCGUAUUUUGCACUACAGCUUGCCCUGAUGUUCACGGUGUAGCAAAGCUCGCUAAAAUGGGCAUGACUAUCUUCUAUUUCUAUGUUCCACUUUAUCAACCAAAUUCACGACUACUAAGCUUCUCAGGCCUUGCAUUCCCGCAAUGCUCGCUAAGCUCCUCAUCUAUAUUCAUGAGGAAUAGCGCUGAACCCGUACUACAACAGUAUCUUGUGAAUAAUGUAAUUGACGAAUACUUCAGAGUUCUUGAUGAACAAGAUUCCGAGGUCUCUGAAUUGGACAACGUCGUUUCCAAGCUUAGGUAUUACAUUAGCGAAAUGACUCCAGAAAAUGCGGAAAUUAUUCUAAAAUUACAGGACAAAUCAAUGGAAUACCUUCAGAAAACGGGAUUCAGGAAUGGAGAACUCAUGUGCAAUGAUACUAGACAAUGCAUGGUUUGCAUUAUCCUUUCAGAAUUAAUAAAUAAGAUUCCUCCCGAAUCUGUCAAGCCCGUACCAGACCUUGAGCUUUUCCCAGGCGUAACAGACGAAAAAACAUGUACAAAACGUAUAAAUAUCGAGACAAAAGCAGGAAUUUGGCAUUCGACCGGAUUAUGGUUACAAGCAGGACAAAUUGCGACUGUAGAAACAUCGAACCAUCUUACAAUACAAGUUGGCGCGCAGACUUUAUGUCUUCUCGUCAAAGAAUUUCCGUGGAAACGAUGGCCAUCGGUAAUUACUACUUACAACAUAUCCCCGAAUACUCCUACAGCCAUUGCCACCCAAUUUGGUGGGCCAGUGUUCGUUCUUUCCGAAAAGAACCACAAUGUUUCCGUUCAAAUCGAAGGAUGCGCACUUUACCCCUAUUUCUACAACGACAAACCAAGUAUUUGGGAACAAACAAAGACUUCCACCAUCCCGUGGGGCGAAAUCGAAACGAAAUACGUUUGUAUCAACCUUCCUGCAAGAAUGAUCCACAACGAACAGAAAAUUAGCCAGAUGUGUAAACGUAUCGACCAAUUAAUGCAAUACAUUCGAGAAUUUGAGGCCAUUCAGUACAAUACUUUCAAAUCUCGACUUGUAUUUGACGUAGAAGUUGCCAAAGGGGAGCCAAUAGUAGAAGAUGUAGUGUUUAUGUCGGUUGACGAUGUCCAAACCUAUCUUACCAAUGCAACUGACGACAAAUUUAUUUAUACAAUUUUAUUAUUGGCCCAAUCCCAAAUAAUUGACUUCUUUAUGUCACCCAUUAUUGAGAGGAGCGUUGCCUCGUGUGCAGUAAGGUACGCUCUCUCGAAAGUUUCUCCAAAUGCCAAAAUUCCAGAUUUCCUUGACGCGAAAGCACCUUAUCUCUUCAAACCUCUGUGGAAUGUGUGCUCACACCACGGUGCGCAGCCAUUCGCAACUGCUUUGAGGAGGCAGUCCGCGCAGAAUUACGUGGAUGAUGACGAAGCGUGGAAGAGUUUCGUCCAAGUUUUGGGAACUUCCGCUGGAUCUGACUUCACAAAGAUUCUGGAUUUGGGUGCGAAACCAGGAAUGCUUCUGGAACAGUCUUCUGAAUGUUUGGCACAGUAUCAAUUGGAUCAGGCAAGUCUCUGA